AUGUGGAAGAAGCUGUAUAUUCUUGUUGAUAAAAUUAUUUCUUUAAAUGGAGAAAAUGAUUUUAAUGAAGAAAAGCAAUUUAUACAACAACAAACACAGCAACAAUUUGGAAAGGAUACUGUCUUUGAACAGGGGGAAACUCGCGAUUUUUUACAUUUUUUGCGAAGAAUUAAAUAUGACCAUAGACAAUGUCCACAAAAUGAAGCUGUACAAAUUUCUGUUUCUGUAGUUAUUUCAAAUAUUAGGGCUGUUUCUGAAGUUACUAUGGAUUAUAGUUUAGAAAUGUUUUAUAGAGAAAUUUGGAUGGAUAAAAGAUUAAAUUAUGAUAUUAAACAAUUUAGAAAUAAAACAGAACUUGCUUUACACGAAUCUUAUGCAAAUUUUUUGUGGCAUCCUGAUACAUUUAUGCCUAAUGCUAUUGCUUCAAAAAAUCCAAGAAAACAGUCAAUUUCACAUCGUUCAUUGUUAAGGCUUCAAUCAGAUGGACAAAUUCUUUAUUCACGUCGUCUUUCCGUUGUUGCUGAAUGUCCAAUGGAUUUAACUUUGUUUCCAUUUGAUUCUCAAACGUGCAAAUUGGGAAUCGAAAGCUAUGGUUAUACUUCAGAUCAAGUUAUUUAUGUUUGGUCACACGGACAAAGAGCAGCUUUAAAAUUACAUAAAAUUCGUCUUCCAGAUUUUCGAAUUAAAGAAGCUUUUGUUACUUCACAAAUAGAAAAUUAUGCUACUGGUAAUUAUAGCCGUUUAUAUGUUUGUUUUGUUUUCUCUCGUUCAGCUGGAUUUUGUUUUUUACAAUUAAUUAUUCCAUCAACUGCUGUUGUAAUAACUAGUUGGGUAUCCCUUUGGAUGGAAAAUGAAACUAGUUUUCAAGAUAUGAUUUCUAUAAUUUUAACAAUUACUUUUUUACUUUUUUCUUAUAAUGAGGUAAAAAAAUAA